UUUUCUAAAUAAUUAAAGGCUAUUCGUAAACUUGUAGAGAUUUCAUUUUUCUCCCAAAGAAAGAUUUAUUGGUUCACUCCUUUGGGGAGCCAUAUAGAUUUUUAUAUUUGGCCUAGCUUAUGCCUGGGUCCUUUCCAUAAGGGUGUAAGUAGAAUUGUGUUAGAUGUAAAGGUGUGUAUAAAAUGUUCAAAGUAACUUUCAGUCCAGGUUUCUCUUGAGGGUGAAAGGUUCUAAGUCUCUGAGGCCAGACCUUUCAAGGCUGGUAAUGCCACUGACUUCAGCAGAGCCAUGCAAUUUCUGAACAUUGUCCCUGUACAAGAUCAGUUUCAAACAAACCUAUGGAAACACAAUUGUUAAGCCACCAGGCCCAGUUUAUCUUUAUUAGCAGCUGUAGCCAGCAAAGACCUGUAGUCACGAAUAACUCCUCUAAUGGAUUCUGUACCUCGGCGUGAUGUGAAAGAUUUGUCACCCGGAUGCAGAGCCUACAGCCGGACCCAGCCGCCCGCUACCGCAAUGUGUUGGAGGCGCUCUGGAGGAUUAUAAGAACGGAGGGGCUGUGGAGGCCUAUGCGGGGGCUGAACGUCACAGCGACGGGCGCGGGGCCUGCCCAUGCCCUCUAUUUUGCCUGCUAUGAAAAGUUAAAAAAGACAUUGAGUGAUGUAAUCCACCCUGGGGGCAAUAGCCAUAUUGCCAACGGUGCGGCCGGGUGUGUAGCAACAUUACUGCAUGAUGCAGCCAUGAAUCCAGCAGAAGUGGUCAAGCAGAGGAUGCAGAUGUACAAUUCACCAUACCACCGGGUGACAGACUGUGUGCGGGCAGUGUGGCAAAAUGAAGGGGCCGGCGCCUUCUAUCGUAGCUACACCACGCAGCUAACCAUGAAUGUUCCCUUCCAAGCCAUUCACUUCAUGACCUAUGAAUUCCUGCAGGAGCACUUUAACCCCCAAAGACGGUACAGCCCCAGCUCCCACGUCCUCUCCGGAGCCUGUGCAGGAGCCGUCGCUGCCGCCGCCACGACCCCACUGGACGUUUGCAAAACACUGCUCAACACCCAGGAGUCCCUGGCCUUGAACUCAAACAUCACGGGACACAUCACAGGCAUGGCAAGUGCCUUCAGGACGGUGUAUCAAGUAGGCGGGGUGACCGCCUACUUCCGAGGGGUGCAGGCCAGAGUAAUUUACCAGAUCCCCUCCACAGCCAUCGCGUGGUCUGUGUAUGAGUUCUUCAAAUACCUAAUCACCAAACGGCAACAAGAGUGGAGGGCCAGCAAGUGAAGUGAAGCAGCAGAAAAGGCAGCCACGUUCUCUGUCUCCUGGCCUGCUCCAGCCUUGCGUGGAGUUGGAAGGAAGGGAGAGGGUUCUCCCCGGGCUAUUGGUGUUUUGGCUAACCCCAGUUCCUGCCGACCUCUGUUGCCGCCACCUUUCCUUCCGGGCCCUGAGCAAUGCAGCAAAGCACACCACAGCACCUCUGAUAACCUCUCUCCCUCCUGGGCCUGACGACCUGCUCUAGACUGUUACAGAGGGAUAAGCAGCUCAUUCCCGUGGUUCCUAAUAAAAAGCCUUUAAAUUAAA